CUACGCGGCACCGCAGGCGUCUUCCGGCACCGCGCCCGGCGCCAUCUUGACAGCGUUAUUUUGGAUUGGAUUGGAUAGGACAUAAAAGAAAGAAUCGCAUCGCGUCAACUACGCUUAACAACCGUACGGAAAUAUUUUUUUAAUUAUAAAAAUAACUAUACAAAAGCCAAAACAAACUAAAAUCUGAAAUUUUAAAAUAAACUGUACUACUGUACGUAGCGUACACACAUUACUGGUCACGGUGUGUUACUGGUAUUACUAAAUUGCAGCUCGCUGGUAGCGCCCAUAGAGUUAUGGUAGCGCCAUUUUAGUAAAAUGAAGAAAUCCAAACGCGUAUCAAAAGCAACGUUGGUUUCGGGGUUUCGUCAGUUUCGUUUUGAACUUGUGGAUUCACAAGUUUUGAGUGUUUUGUAUCUGCGAGGUGCCGCCAGUGCCGCGUGCAACCUGGAUCAGAAAGCACACACGUGAACACUGAACCAACUGAACGACAGAACUUUUAAUCUUAUGUUGGCGCCUUUCGUCUCGCCAGCGGCGGAAACACUUCGCGCUGACAACCGGCUUGUGUUUGAUGAAAACAGUUCCGAUACCGACAACAACUCCGCCUGCACUCGACUGGCACUCGACAGUAGUCCUUGAGGCGUAACGUUGCUCGAGGCUGCCUCUGCACCCGGCGCCGUCCCUCUCACUAUCGAGUUACGUCAGGCGGUGUUUUUGUUCAGCAAUCUCGGUAACGUAACCUUCGGCGAAGCAAACGGCUGCCAUGGAACCCAACAAGACCACAGCACCCGGCAUUCUGAGGGCUUGGGAUUACGACCUCCAGCCCAAAGAGCUGCUGGCUCGGGCAACACGCCUAAUCGAAGACUGCAGAGCCUUGUGCGACAAUAUCGGCGCUCUCGAGGGUGACCAAAUCACUUUUAACAACGUGCUGGGUGAGCUUGCAGAGGUCGAGCGACUUUUCAUGAAUGAGAGACUCUACUUGAAGCGUGCGAUGUACGUUUCAACAAACAAGGAACUGCGGGAUGCUAGCUCGGAAGCCUCCCGUAUGCUGGACGAGUUUGAAGUCGAAUGCGGAAUGCGGCUUGACAUCUUUGAAAAGCUGCAAGCCCUGGAGAAAAUGGACACCAGCUCUCUCUCAGCCGAGAUGAAGCGCUUCCUUGAGAAAUUGAUCAGGCUUCGUAAACGGGACGGAUUGCAUCUGAGCCCCGAGGUACAGAAGCAAGUGAAAGACCUCAAAAAUGAGAUCAACGAGCUCUCCUUGAAAUUCACCAAGGCCAUGAACGAGGAGAAUACUGUACUGGAGUUCACAGAGGAAGAGCUGAAGGGCCUACCCGAAGAGUUUGUCAAAAACCUAGACACGGCCGAGUCCGGAAAGCGUCGGGUUACGCUCAAAUACCCGCACGUCGUGCCGAUCAUGAAGAUGGCUGUCAAUGCCGAAACGCGCAGGAGAGUCAACUUCGCUUUCGAAAACAGGUGUGUCGAGGAGAACACCCCUCUCCUAGAAAAGGCCAUCUCUCUCAAACACAAGAAAGCCAAGCUCCUUGACUACGAGACCCAUGCGGACUUCAUCACCGAGAUCCUGAUGGCAAGGAACAGCGGCAACGUGCGUUGUUUCCUCACCGAGCUUGCGCAGAAACUGCAGCCCCUGUGGCAGAAGGAGAAGGAGCUGCUGCUGCAGUACAAAAAGGAAGAGUGCGAGAGCCAGGGAAUUCCAUUUGAUGGCAAGCUCAACGCUUGGGACGUGUCAUACUACAAGAACCUGGUGGAAGAGCGCGUGUACAAGGUGGACCAGGAGAAGCUUCGGGCCUUCUUUCCUCUCGAUGUGGUCACCAAGGGGCUCUUAGGAAUAUAUGAGAUGCUGCUGGGCCUCAAGUUCGACAAGGUGGAGGACGUGAAGUUGUGGCACCCCGAGGCCGAGCUGUUCAAGGUGACGGACGUUGCCAGCCAGGAACUUUUAGGCUACUUCCUCAUGGACCUGUUCCCAAGGGAAGGGAAGUACAGCCACUUCUGCAACAUCCCCAUGCAGCCUGGCUGUCGGACUGCCGACGGAUCGAGGCAGCUGGCAAUGGUGGGCGUCCUGUGCAACUUUCCGAAACCUACCGCCGACAAGCCUGCUCUCCUGACCCACAACGAAGUGACGACCUUCUUCCAUGAAUUCGGCCACACGAUGCACCACAUCUGUUCCAGGGCGAACUUGGUCGAGUUUGGGGGCACGAGGGUCGAGCGGGACUUCUUGGAGUGCCCGUCCCAGAUGCUGGAGAACUGGUGCUGGGACCUGCAGGCCCUGCGGCUUAUGUCCAGCCACUACUCGACCGGGGAGCCGAUACCGGAGGACCUGGCCGAGAAGCUGAUGGCCUCUCGCCUCGCCAACGUGGCCCAGCUUAAUUUGAGGCAGGUCAGCCUCGCGCUCUUCGACCUCGAGCUGCACUCGCGACCCGAGGCGGAUACGAGGAAGGUGUUCCGAGAGAUCCAGGAGUCGCUCUUGGGAUACCCUCCCCAGGAGGGGACCAACUUUGCGGCCAGCUUCGGCCACUUGAUGGGAGGCUACGACGCCCGGUACUACGGAUACAUGUGGAGCGAAGUGUACAGUAUGGACAUGUUUGAUGCAAGGUUCAAGAAGGAGGGUAUACUUAACCCAAAGACUGGCAUGGACUACCGCGAGAAAAUCCUGUGCCCAGGAGGCACUCUGGAUGGCGAAGUGAUGCUGAGGAACUUCCUGGGCAGGGAGCCGAGCACAGAGGCAUUCCUCAUCAGCAAGGGACUGUCCACUGCUAUUCCAGCAUCGUAAUUUUUCUUAACAAAGAAAACCGGAGCAACGCUUAUUUUGAAUAAAUGCCGUUUACAAUCUCGUA